AUGAAGAGAUACAACUCCCUUUCACCAACUUUACUCCUCGUAUUCCUCCUCUUACUAUCACCCUUCUUCCUACUCUUCGCCAAUUCUGAAAAAACACCAUCGGUUCCAGCUGCAAACGCUACAGUAUCAGCAGCAAACGCUACAGUAUCAGCAGCAAACGCCACAGUAAACUCCACAGCGGCAAACGAUACUGCAAUAUUUUCGCAAAAAAACUUAACAGCAGCCGAAAAGCAACAAUGGUUAAGCUGUCAAGCAUGUUGGGUGCAGAAACGCAAAAAUUUAACCGAAUGUGCGAAAGUACGUGAUUCAGAGUGGAAUACCUUUUUCAAUAUCACGAAUAAAAAAGUUUUGUUGACGAAAGCACCGGCAAUCAGUGACAUGUUGACGUGUAUGUGUUCGCUUAUCGUUAAUGCACAACAUUUUUUGGUGGAUGAGUGUCAACCGUGUCCUAAAGGCCUGGUAGCCGGAAUAGCGAAUGAGACGUUUGUUUACGCGUCAGUGUUACAGUGUAAUGCUAACGGAACGUCAACGUUAGUGGAUUCUAAAAAUGCUACAAACGCCACCACAAAGAUUUCAGGCGUUAAAAAUAAUCUCGUCCGGAAAUCAGCUAUUCCUUCACAAUCAGUAAACAACAGUAGCAAUAGUACAAGCGCUGCUACUUAUCCUCAGAUAAACGGCUUGCAUGCUAUUUUCGUGGCUGUUAUUGUUGCAGUGAUUCUGGUAUAA